AUGAACACGCCUGCGAUGCUGCAGCUACCAAGAUUCGUGAUGUUGGGGAUCAGGCGAACACCAACGUCAUCAUGUCGUGAAACAUCGGCCUCAUUGUUUUCGAGGAGUGUCUCGAGCAGGAUACCAAAGCCACAGUCUCAAAGAGAGCAGGAUUCAGCCAAUAGUGGAUAUAUGGAGCAAUUGAAGAAGCACCUUUUACCGGAAGUAUUCCCUGCCGUGGAUUCGCCCAAGGGAGAACGCCGUCGAGAUGAUGAUCCUAAGGGAGAACGCCGCCGAGAUGAUGAUUCGGAUUUCAAGAAAACCCUCGUCCGUGACGCUACCGUGCUAAUUCGUGAGCAACUGAUGGCACCCUAUCUACCGAAAACGGAUGAGGACGCACAAGGAGAACGAGAGGACGCUCCACAACUGGUCGUAUUAGAUGGUUCGAAAGGGGUCGGGAAGACUUCCCUUGUUGAACAAACAGCCGCUUUUGCGCGACUCAAGGGUUUCAUUGUGCUUUACAUUCCGUACCCGGAAAGCUGGACCGACGGUCGCGGCUUUUUCUGCGCAAAGGCCGUCGACGAGAUGGACCCUGUCAUGGAUGGUCUCUCCGCCGUCAGAUACUACGAUCGUCCACAUCAAAUGCAUCAAGUAUUUAAAGAUUUGCUUCAAACACAUAGCGGAGAUCUCGCUCAGAUUGUGUGUGACACGCAAUUUAGCACCUCGCUCACCGAGAGUUGCGUCUCUUUACUCGACCUUGUUGAGUUGGGGGAUCGCCUGCUAAGUGAUAUUGAUUCCAACUGGAGGCAAACUCCUACUUCCGCGGGAGAGGUCUUCCAUCAGCUCAUUCGCCAACUUUGCGCUUGUGAGGACAAACCAGUCGCUCUCAUCAUUGACAAUUACGACAAAUUUGUCGGAAUGACAUGUCUCGUCAACGAUCGCCUUCAACGCAUGCAUUCCAAUGCGGUUCGAGUAGUCGGUGAAGAUUUUGGGCGCUAUGCUAUUGAAAAGACCUCUCAAGAAAUGCGAAACGGCUUCGUCAUGCUCGCAGUUGACCCGACGCAUGCUUUCGAGCCAUACAGAAAAUCGCGUGUGCGGUCUGGGCUUGAUUUCCCGCUUUCCAUUGAAACGCUUUCGGACCCAAGUGGCAAAAAAUGGUGCUCUAGUUUUAGGAAGCGGGUCCAAGAUUCUGAGACGAAGAGAAACCUAUACAUUGACGUGCCGCGGCUCACCUCAUCAGAAUUGAAGGCUCUAUGUUCAACUUUUGUUCAAGGAGGUCCCCGGAAACUUAUUGAUGGCGACCAAGAAGAGGAAACUGCGCGAUUAGUCGCCUUGGCAGGUGGGCGAGGUGACCUUAUGCGAAAAAUUGCGGUUUCACGAUAG